AUGGCAGAAAUACACGACCAGUUUGAUACCAUUCUGAUUCUCGAUUUUGGGUCGCAGUACAGUCACUUGAUCACCCGGCGGUGCAGAGAGCUGAAUGUAUACGCUGAGCUUAUGCCGUGCACGCAGAAGGUGAAAGAUUUGAAGUGGAAACCGAAGGGGAUCAUUCUUUCCGGGUCUCCGUACUCUGUGUACGAUAAUGAUGCGCCGCACGUCGAUCCAGAGGUGUUCGAGAUGGAUGUUCCUGUCCUUGGAAUAUGCUACGGCCUGCAGGAAAUGGCAUGGAACUUGAAGGGAAAAGUCGCUAAAUGCGAUCACAGAGAGUACGGCUUUGCAAAAGUACAAGUCCAAAAGGUCGGGAAUGGAAACAGCUCUGUAGAUGCCCUGUUCGAGGGCCUGGGAGACGAGAUGGAGGUCUGGAUGUCCCAUGGAGACCAACUCUCCGAAAUGCCCACUGAUUUCCACAUCAUUGGCCGUACUCAAACCGCCCCGUACGCCGCGAUCGCGCAUAAUUCGAAGCCUUUCUAUGGCAUCCAGUUCCACCCCGAAGUAUCCCAUUCCCCACGAGGAAAAGAGGUCAUCGGGAGAUUCGUUCUCAAUAUCUGUGGAUGCAAAUCCAACUGGACUAUGGAAGAGUUCAUCGGCAAGGAGAUCGCGCGGAUACGAGAAAUUUGCGGACCCAAGGGGCGCGUCAUUGGCGCCGUGAGCGGCGGCGUCGACAGCUCCGUCGCCGCCAAGCUCAUGCACGAAGCCAUCGGCGACAGGUUCCACGCCAUCAUGGUCGACAACGGCGUCCUGCGCCUUAACGAAGCCGCCCAAGUCCACGAGAUGCUCACCGAAAAGCUCGGCGUGAACCUUACCGUCGUCGACGCCUCAGAGCUCUUCCUCUCGCGGCUCAAAGACGUCGAGGACCCCGAGCAGAAGCGCAAGAUCAUCGGCAACACCUUCAUCAACGUCUUCGAGGAGCAGGCCGCGAAGAUCGAGGCCGCGGCCGAGAAGGAGGAGGAGCUCGCGCCGUCGGGCGAGCGCAAGGGCAAGAUCGAGUGGCUCCUGCAGGGCACGCUCUACCCCGACGUGAUCGAGAGUAUCAGCUUCAAGGGGCCCAGCGCGACCAUCAAGACGCACCACAACGUCGGCGGCCUGCUCAAGGACAUGAAGCUCAAACUGAUCGAGCCCCUGCGCGAGCUCUUCAAAGAUGAAGUCCGCGUCCUAGGCCGCCUCCUCGGGAUCCCCGCCCCGCUCGUCCAGCGGCACCCCUUCCCAGGCCCCGGCCUAGCCAUCCGGAUCCUCGGUCCCGUGACGCGCGACCAGGUCAAAAUUCUGCAGCAGGCUGACAACAUCUACAUCGAAGAGAUCCGCAAUGCGGGCCUGUAUAACCAGAUCAGCCAGGCAUUCGCGGUGCUAUUGCCUAUCAAGGCUGUCGGUGUCAUGGGUGACAAACGGACGUACGAACAGGUCAUCGCCCUCCGGGCUGUACAGUCAGAGGAUUUCAUGACUGCAGACUGGUUCGUGUUCCCUCCCGAAGUCUUACGGCGCAUAUCCUCUCGCAUCACGAACGAAGUUGCUGGUAUCAAUCGAGUAACUUACGAUAUAUCCUCAAAACCACCUGCGACCGUCGAGUGGCUGUAG